AUGGGAAUUGCUACAAACCCAUUCAAGGAUCAAUCAUUAUGUCUCAUUAAGAGAAUUCUUCCAUUAACACUCUAUGCUUUACUUCCUAUUGCUCUUCUUCCCACUGCUUUGCUUUGCUUACACUUUUACCCUCUUUCCUUUCCUCCUUCUUCUUCUCCACAAACUCAUCAUCUUCCUCAUUCAAACUCCAUCACCAUCACCUACCACUCUUCUCUUUCUUCUUCUUCUUCUUCUCCUUCUUCGUCGCGGUCAUCAACAACAAAUUCUUCUUCUACAGAAAAGGAAAAGGCUUAUUAUGACGAUGAAGAGAACCAAUGUGACUACUCCAAUGGAGAAUGGGUGAGUGACAACACAAGCCCUUUGUACAAUGCAACCACAUGUGGAACGGUCAAAGAGACUGAGAAAUGCACCCCAAAUGGAAGACCUGACUCAGGUUACCUAUAUUGGAGAUGGAAGCCAAGUCAAUGCAAUCUUCCAAGGUUUGACCCCAACAUUUUUCUCCAACUUGUUAGGAACAAGCACAUUGCUUUUCUUGGUGACUCUCUUGCUAGGAAUCAAUUAGAGUCACUACUAUGCAUGUUGUCCACAAUUUCAACACCAAAUCUUGUGUAUAGAAAUGGUGAGGACAAUAAAUUCCGUAGGUGGCACUUCCCUUCUUAUAAUUCAAGUUUCUCAUUGUAUUGGUCCCCAUUUCUUGUUCAAGGUGUAGAGAGAUCAAAUAAUGGGCAAUAUUAUAAUACUAUGUAUUUGGAUCAUGUUAAUGAGAGGUGGGCUAGGGAUAUUGGUAAUUGGGAUAUGAUUGUAAUUUCAUUUGGCCAUUGGUUUUUGCUUCCUUCAAUUUACUAUGAGGGUGGGAAAAUUUUGGGAAGCUUGAAUGUUGCUGAAUUUAAUCACACUCAAAUUGAUUUUUAUGAUCCAUUAAGGAAGGCAUUAAGGACUACCCUUAAUAGCAUAAUUGAGAGGAAACUAACAGGGGGUAGAAAUGGAAAUUCGAAUAAUAAUGGUGUUGAUGUAAUUGUGAAGACAUUUUCACCUGCUCAUUUUGAAGGUGAUUGGGAUAAGGCAGGUACAUGUUCAAUGACUAGGCCUUAUAAGGAAGAAGAGAAAAAGCUUGAAGGAAUGGAUGCUGAGAUUAGGAAGAUUGAGAUGGAAGAAGUUACAAUUGCGAAGGAAAAAGGCAAUAAUGAAAGUGGAUUAUUAGGGUUUAUUAGAUUUGAGGCAUUGGAUGUAACAAAAUUAGCACUCUUAAGACCUGAUGGUCAUCCUGGUCCUUAUAUGUAUCCUUUUCCAUUUUCUAAAGGGGUUCCAGAACAUGUUCAAAAUGAUUGUGUUCACUGGUGUUUGCCAGGUCCUAUAGAUACAUGGAAUGAAAUUUUUCUUGAAAUGAUCAAGAAGUGGAAAUAACA